AUAUUGUGGAGACGAGCAAUAUAAGAUAUAUCCGUUUGGUUGGAUUAAAACAAGCUCUGUACAGCCAUCAGUGAGCGUCAUUGCACAAAUGUCGUUCUCUAUAAGAUAAAGUGUUGAAUGUGGGCAUCUGAAAUCUAUAAAUGGAUAAGCAUUCAUGCAAGAAAAAGUUGCACUUUGGAGAUGGCUGCUGCUUCUGCUUCGCUGAUUCUCCCCAUCAAUGGAGGAAACCUUCCGCCUUCCCAAUACCUCUCUUUCCGCCAUAGUCACCCUUCUGCUACUUUCUCCAGGUUGGGUUGGAGUAGGGACCAAGAUGUUGGCAGAAGUACCCACAGAACGAGGGGUCAAGCAUUUCGAAUCUCUAAUGUCUCGCCUGCUAAAGAUGGGUUAAUCAAACAGGUGAUUAUGGUAGACCCCUUGGAAGCCAAACGUAUGGCGGCAAAAGAAAUGGAAAAGAUCAAAGCGAAAGAGAAAUUCAAGAGAAGACGUCAAAUAGAAGCGAUUAAUGGAGCAUGGGCAAUGAUCGGUCUGACGGCUGGGCUUGUCAUUGAAGGUCAAACCGGAAAAGGAAUUCUAGCACAGUUGGCCGACUACUUCAGCAUCCUUAUCAACUUCUUCAUACGGUAGAAGCAUCUUCGAGGGGAAAAGGAGAUCUUUGAAUGAAAGAGGUAUUCUCUUUUCGACCCUUGAAAGUUUAGUAUGUUGAGAACAUUUUUAAGCAAGUCAUUGCUUGUUUGCUGUAAAAAAAAAAUACUGGUGUUGAGGAUAUUCUCCUCUCUUUUGAAGUCUAAUUUGAUUUCUUCAUAUUUCAUAUACAAAAGUUUUCAUUUAAUCGUGAAGGCAGUGAGAUGAAGAAGCAGGUUCCAACGGUCUUUGUUUUGAAGGAUUCUAUUGGCAAUACAAUUAAAUGUACUACCAUUUUUUUAAAAUAUUCUCCUCUUGUGAAGUCUAUAAGCUUGAAUGAUUCAAGAUUAAUUAAUUAAUUAUAUUCAAUGAUUUGAGUUUAA